AUGGGUAAAAAUUCGCCCGCCAACAAACAUGUUUCUAAUGAGGAACUGAUCUCUAAAAUCAAAACAAAACGCAUAGAGAAAGCGGUAUCAAAAGCAGUAAAUAAACGCAACAGUAUAACACUUCCAUCCGAUUUUGAUCCAAAAGUGAUAUAUAAGCCACGCUUUGGUUUAAUAGAAUUGAUUUGCACCACAAACAAAGCACGCAUCUCAUCAAAACCUCCUAGGCCCCUGAAUAGUUAUUUCCUGCUCAAAAAGUGCUUACUCCUAGAAUUAUGGGGGCGCAAAUUAAAGCCAACAAUGCCUGCAGCUUGUAUACUAGCUAGAGAACUCUGGGCGAAAGCACCUCCAGAAGCUAGAGAAAUCUAUGAAAAGCUCGCUCUUCAAGCUCAAGCAUGGCACCAUAAAACGUUUCCGGAUUAUGUUUUUGAACCCAAAAAGAAGCCACAAUGCAAAAACAGACCCUUCCCUGAAGGUAAUAGUACGGGAAUGAUGACAAUGUUUACCGUUGAGCCUCGACCUCAAAAAACUCUUGGAUUAGGGAAUGCACCAACAUUCAUUUCUGAUGUCGAAACUACAGUUUCAGCUGCUGCUUCGUUUCCUUCUCCUACUUCUGUUGAAGCAGUUGCUGAAAUCUUCGGAUCAUAUAAAACCUUCGAGCAUACUUCAACCGCAGCUGUAGAAGGGUUACCCAUUUAUCCUCCUACCUCUGUCGAUUUUCUAAACUUUAAAUUUCAAGGAAUACAAUUAAAUUGGCAAGAGAACAGUAAAUCUCAAAAUUUACAUGAUGUGUUCCUAACAGAGCUCCCACCGGCUCUUAAUUGUCAAAAUCUAAUGUCAAAUGAUAUUAAUAUUUAUAAAGAUGACGAAAUUUCUGUUCAAUUCGACUAUCCUGAUAUUCCUGAUAUUGAGAGUAUCUUUUUGUGA